UUUGGCGGAUCAGGUUAAACGAACAAAAAAGCCAACAAGUUACAUUUACGCUCAAACCUGUCCACCUGCAUUCUGGACGGAGUUAACGCAAGAACUCGUUCAUAUUUUCAUUUUCAACAAAGCCCCACGACAAUUCAGGAUCUAGACCUUCUGAUUAAUGAAGUGGAGAAACUAGAAUUGUCGAAUAGGGAAGACCAACAUUUUUUAAGUCCAGGGAAGAUCUUCCUGACCUAGGGAUCUAUUAUAAAAAAAAAUUAAUGGCUACAACAAAAUAUGUCAAAAGUACAUGGAGUGGAGUAUAUCAACUGGUCUGGGAAACAAGUAGCAAGACGUGAAACAGGACCAAACUGCAGGUGCCCUAAAAAAUGUUUCGAACAUUUCACUGUAACUGAGAUGAAUGAUUUUGUGGAUAAGAUGAACGCCUUCAAAAAUAAGGAUCAACAAGACCUUUUUCUCCAGCAGCAGAUCGAGAAAGCGGACAAAAAAUCGUCACGCCCAAGAAAGGAAGUUCCGAAGGCAAGAAGCUGCAAUUUCAGAUUUGGUCGGCGACAAGACCUGUAUUACUUGCGAAGAACUAGGCAUCAAACUCAAGCCUACUUCACAACUUUGCGAUGCUGCGAAAAGAAGUGUGUCUGCCGAACUUAUUAUGCACCAGCGCAGAGCUAAAAAUUUUACUCCAAACUCAAGUUGAUCACUGAGCUUUGCAUGGAUAAUGAGGAAGUGAUGGUAAUCUCAUUUGAUUUUAUGCAGAACUUGCCGAUUCCCAAUAUCCCCGUUCAAGACAUGGUGGCCAAAGUAUUAUAAGAAAACUUGCCUUUCUACAGAUUCUUAUGGAACGGUACCUAAAGAUCAAAAAGUAACCUACCAAACUUCAACUUAUCAGGCGUUCAUAUACGCAUCUGAUAAUUCGGGAGUUGUUGAAGUGCAAAAGUUCAUUGAUGGUUUGAUUAAUAAAUCAUUCAAAUUGUCAAGGCCGUAAGAUUGCCUACAGCAAAGGCAUAUGAAAACGGCAAGGUUUCUAUAAAACCACAGAAGAUAAACAUCAGGCAAAUGAGAUUUAUUGAGGAACCCUAUAUCGACUUUUAUAAAAAUAUUCUAGAAUGGCCCACAACACAGCCACAGACAACGAUGGAGAAGGGGACGAGCUCUAGACAAAUUUAUUAAUUUUUAUGAUUAUUUUCUUGUUAAUUUUACACACUAAGUGUAUGUACGUUCUUCUUAAGUAUUUUAUUGUUUUUUAAUGCACUAUUUCCGUUGGAAUAAUUGACAUACAAUUUAAUAAUGUGGAGAAUUGUAUGCGACUAUGAUUGGGAAGGUGCAGAAGAAUCCAGCUAGUUACCCUAUUUGGAAGGUGGAAGACAAUAAGAAACUCUUUAAACGCGUAAUUGAUAGGAAGGAGAAAAUUCUGAGCGACCAACCGAAUCCUUGGAAACUAGUAGUUCCUAAACGACAACGUGCGGACCUACUACUGGAAUACCACGACAGCCCAUUAGCUGGCCAUCUUGGGGGAUUCAAAACUCUCCGACGGAUUAAAGAAUUUUAUUAUUGGCCUGGAAUGGAAGCAGAUGUAGCACGUUAUGUAGCUCGAUGUCCUACCUGUCUGCAAAACAAGCCGCUGCAACAACUACCCCCUGGACUUAUGGGAAACCAGUUGACGAGCCGUGGCAGUUGGUUUCAGCUGAUCUUAUUCAUUACCGCUGUCCUCCAAGCAGAACCGAUAUAUUCUAGUCGUCGUAGACUACUUUACAAAAUAAAUAAAAAUUUUCGUUUACAUUACUGUUCACAAUGUUAUUUUGACUUUAUCACUUUCCACAGUGCCAUUGCGUGCAAAAAUGGCAUGAGUCAAGAAAUUUGAAAUUUAAAUUAUUACUAUACUAAAUAUCAGUUUAGGUUGGUUCAUGUAGAAUAACAUUGAACUAAAUAAUAACAAACAGAAAACCUAUAAAUGAAUCUUAUUACACUUGAAAUGUGAAAUUAGAGGAGUUUUUUUGGUCUCCUGAAAAAUUUACAAAUUGUGACUCAUGCCCUUUCUGCAAUCAGUGAUUUUUGAUAUUUAAUAUAGCGGGCACAGAAAAAUUGAAAAAUACCCUUUUCGAUUAUAUUAUAAACAAUAUUUUAACAGUAAUAGAAACGGUUGGCUCCCUAAUAAUUAUAAUCGAAAUAAAAAUAAAAAAAACGGCAUAACUCGAACUUUCAUCCUCAGUUUUUCAAAAACGUGACAAUUCAUUCAAUUUCGGAAAAUAUACAAAUGGUAGCAAUAGUCAACCAAAGUCCAUCGUAAAAGGAAAUUUCAAACGGGAUAAUCCAAAUUGGAAUAAACACUUUAAAAACGAGUCCAAACAUGUAAAUUUCAUGUCACGAACAUUCUAUCCUCAUUACCCCCCACAAUAUACUCAUCAGUACUCAGCUUUCCCGGUGAUCAAGGAGGUUGCACGCACUUUUCGGCCACGUGCUAGCAAUACCAAGAAUUACCACUUGUUUCUGCUAUAUUUUUGGUAUUUUCCACUCGGAUGAGUGGAAAACAGGAAGGAAGAAUGGAGGCGGAGUUGGAGAAGGAGAGAAGGAUGGAGCAGACGAAGAAGACGGAGGAAAAAGUGGAGAGCACUCCUCUAUCCACCGGCUGCACCCCUUUGGUGCGCUGUGAAGGAGAUAAGGAUAGUAGUAAAAAGAGGUAAGAGAGGCGAGCGAUCCAGGAGUAUGCACAACAAGGGUCGCUCUAACCCUCGAAGGAGUGGGUCCAUAUCAACCGUCCAGCCACCGUUUAAGGACAGGUUUAAACAUAAAAGAGGCCCACAGGUGAGUAUAACCCCAGCUCAAAAGAGACUGGGGACCAGUACUAAAAGAAGUAGGACGGAGUACUUUAAUACUCCUCCCUCCGCCACAGGACCUGCCAAAAAACUAAGGCAGGGAAAGGAAAGUGAACAGGUAACAACACCUAAACCAAUUUAUAAAGUUGUUUUCAGGAAAGCCAACAAGGAUUUCUUCACCAACGAAGAGGCACUGAAGUUGAGAUCAUUGAUCUGCAACAGUGCCUUAGACUUAAUUGAAGAAGAUGAAGACCAAGGCGUAGACUUUAUAAACUCUGGCCUGGUAAAAGGAGGCUCCACGUUCCUGAUAAGCUGUGGCGAUGAUUCAACCGUCAAGUUUGUCAGGGACACAUUAAAGAAACUAUGGGUAGAGAGGGAAUACGUGGUGUGCGAUAUCAAUGACCUACCGAGGAAGGCCAAAGUAUCCACGUAUGUAUCGGGUUGUCCGGAAAAUAAUGCAGGAUUUUAAGUUUUCAUUAAAAAAAAUC